CUCUCGUCGUCCACCGUCACGCUUGUACUUGCAUCGUAUUUCUUGUCCUAAACCUGUCACAGCAGCUAGUUAGCAUGCCACCGAAGAAAGUCAAACGAUCGGACGGCUUAACUACGGGUGACACACUGGCAGAUUCGGGGGCACUUGGUAAUGUUGGCGGUAGAGCUACCCACGGACGCGGGCGGGGCGGCCUCAAAGAUAUGCUGAACAUGCCCACUGACAUCAUUCAUGAGAUUGUGCGACAUCUCCACCCGCGAGACUUGCUGGGUCUCUCGUGGUCCUCGAAAGCACUUCACGCCUUCCUGAUGAGAAAGAGCUCCGUAUGUAUCUGGAAAGAGUCACUGAAGAAUUCAGAAGACCUACCACCGUGCCCGGAACAGCUAAUCGAGCCUGCUUGGUUCGCUUUGCUCUUCUCGACCUCUUGCACGGCAUGUGGAACAGGCAACUCAGCGGAACCCCUCUGGGAGUUCUACGCACGCUUCUGCGAAUCUUGCCAAGACACGAUGACUUUAAAGGUCCCGUCAGGGCAUACGUCAGUGUUUGGGGACAAAUGGGUCAUAUACAAAGAAAUUCCAACCAACAUGUUCAACAAAGUUUGCGUAGCCAAAGACGACGUCGCUGUAUAUCUGAAGUCUCAGCUGGACGAGCUCAUUGAGACCUGGGAGAAGUUAUCGAAAUGUAAUGACCACGAGAAGCUGGCCAUGUUCAUUGGUACGCAGAUCUUGCAAGUGCGGGCGAUAGCGAAGCAUGCGUCUAUCUGUGCUAAUUGGGCCAAGAGAGAAGUUGAAUCGCGCGACGAUGCGCUUUCGAGGGAACGCUUUGCAGAAAUCGUCUCUCGGCUGCACGCACUUGGUUGGGGCCCCGAGCUUUCGUUUCUCGAACGCCAUCAUUACAGAGCAUUAGUCGCACAUGAGCAGGUCUGGGUGCCCAAAAAGCUCACCGAUCGCGUCUGGAACAAUAUGCGUGGGGAGAUGGUUCAGAUAGUGCAGAACAUCCGCGACGCGUUCCCUGAGCUCGAUUUCACGGAAAGGCUGCAUGGACGUUCCACUGCUCUGUAUAGUGCGCUAGAAGAGCUCGUGGAGUGUCCCGAGGCACAGGCCGACGAGUUGAGCCACACAGACAUCGCGCUCAUGCCGGAGGUCCGUGAAAUAAUGUGCGCGCCUGAGGGUGUAGAGGUCAACCGAGACACCUUUAUUGCUUUGCGGAAACACAUGGGCGCGAUGGUGGAAGGGCGGAGAUCGCGUGUGCACGACGACCUUCGCGCGCUGCUCACGCGACAGAGAGGUGCGAGCGAGGCCUCGAGCGAAUCAGGCUCAGGAACGGGCGUGGACCCGUUGGACCUCGCAACGACGAUGUUCCGCUCCCCAUACAGGCCAGGGAUUCAGAGACAGUCGGACGCAUACUGUGCUUUUAUUGCCCAGGCGGCGUGGUAUUACUCCGACCAACUCUUCUUCCAUGUUGAUCUCUGCAUCGUACACAAGCCGUCGGAAGAAGCCCUCAAACUCAUACAGCUUUGUGGCAAGGACCCGAAGACAGUGACAGUGAAGGAAAUGGACGCACUGGAUGUCAGAUUCGUGGUAGACGAUAAGACCAUCAUGACCUGGCGUGCCGCUAUGUCACAUCAAGAUGCCAGACGGUGGCGCGAGGUUUCCCAAGCUAAAGAGUGCGAACGAGAAAUCGCAAGCCAUAGCGUCAAGGAUCCUACCUCGCAAUGCGAAUAUCUGACGCUCGCUCCUUACAGCCCUGCAGCGAAUGGUAUCUAUGAGGUCGAGUUGCAGCUCAGGGAGAAUGAUC